GGAGAAAUGCCAGAAAGAAAUGACUCCACAGUGACUGAGUUCAUCCUCUGUUGGUUAACAGACCAACCAGAGCUGAAGCUUCCUCUGUUCCCCCUCUUCCUUGGAAUCUACCUGCUCACAGUGCUGGGGAACCUAGGAAUGAUCAUCCUGAUCGUGCUCAGUUCCCACCUGCACACCCCCAUGUACUUCUUCCUCAGCAGUUUGUCCUUCAUUGACCUCUGUUACUCCACUGCCAUUACUCCCAAAAUGAUGGUGAACUUUGUGGCAAAGAAGAAUGUCAUCUCCUACCAGGAAUGUAUGACUCAGCUCUAUUUCUUCCUUGCUUUUGUUAUAUCUGAGUGUCACAUGUUAGCUGCCAUGGCAUAUGACCGCUAUGUUGCCAUUUGUAAUCCCUUGCUCUACAAUGUCACUAUGUCUUACCAAGUCUGUUCCUGGAUGAUAGGUUGGGUUUAUGGCGUGGGUGUCAUUGGUGCAUCUAUCCAUACUUUCUGCAUGCUAAGAGUGGUUUUCUGUAAGGCUAAUACAAUAAACCAUUAUUUCUGUGAUCUUUUCCCAUUGAUGGAGCUCGCCUGCUCCAGUACUUUCAUCAAUGAGGUUUUCCUCCUGUAUCUCAGUGCUUUUAACAUUCUUGUUCCAACCUUGGCCAUCCUGGGUUCUUAUAUCUUCAUCAUAGUUAGCAUCCUCCGUAUCAAAUCCACUGAGGGCAGAUUCAAAGCCUUCAGCACCUGCAGCUCUCACUUCUCUGCUGUUGCUGUCUUCUUUGGUUCCUUGGCAUUUGUGUACCUACAACCCUUCUCAUUAAGAUCCAAGGACAAAGGCAAAGUGUCUUCUGUGUUUUAUACAACUGUUGUGCCCAUGCUGAAUCCUAUGAUCUACAGCCUAAGGAACAGGGAUGUAAAACUUGCUCUAUCUAAGUUAUUUCAUAAAAUGAAGUUCCAUGUGUAA